UUACCAGAACGUGCUUCCUUCUUCAAUGAAACAAUAGAGAAUCAUUUCGACAACACAACUCUCUCUCUCUCUCUCUACUUCGUCUCUUCCAGCGCAGAGUGAGGAGAGAGAUUAUUGCUCUGCUUCACGUUUACCGAGGAAGUUGUCAGUGAAAAGCAGCGGCACGAUCAAUUUUCCGGCGACCAACUACCGCCGGCAAUGUGGAAGCUCAGCCCCUUGUGUUUUCUCCUGCUUUGCGCAUUGGUUUCUGCUCAGGGAUCUGGAAACCGCUCCUCUCUGUGGCAGACGCUUAGCGGAAACCAGCCUUUGGUGAUAGCAAGGGGUGGAUUUUCAGGGAUAUUACCCGACUCGAGCUUGAACGCCUAUGGUUUUGCAGUGCAGACUGGCUUGCCAGAUACGAUUGUGUGGUGUGAUCUUCAGCUUACUAAGGAUGGAGUAGGAAUUUGCUUUCCAGAUAUCAAGCUAGAUAAUGCUUCCGACAUUGAUAUAGUGUAUCCAAAGGGGCGCAAGACCUAUCUUGUCAAUGGUGUCUCGACUCAAGGAUGGUUUUCUGUGGAUUUCACCCUUAAGGAUCUAGAACCCGUGAAUCUUAAACAGAGGAUAUAUUCUCGGUCUCCCAAUUAUGAUACUUCUCAGAAUAUAAUUCUUACUGUUGAUGAUGUGGUCACAAACAUAAAACCACCUGGAUUGUGGUUAAGCGUACCGCAUGAUGCAUUCUUCACCCAACAUAACCAGAGUAUGCGGAACUUUGUUGUUUCUGCAUCCAGACGCUUCGCUAUUAGUUAUAUUUCAUCACCAGAGAUUGGCUUCUUGAGGAAUAUUGCAUCAAGGUUUAGAACAACUAAGCUUGUCUUCCAAUUUCUGGAGCCUGAUCAAGUGGAGCCCACAACAAACCAAACUUAUGGUUCACUUCUGACGAAUCUUACAUUAGUUAAAACAUUUGCUGCUGGGAUUAUUGUUCCCAAAACCUACAUAAUACCUGUGGACAGCAGCUUAUAUUUACAGCAAGCCAAAUCACUUGUUAAUGAUGCUCAUGCAGCAGGUCUAGAAGUUUUUGGAUAUAAUUUUGUAAAUGAUGCUACAUUACCAUAUAAUUACAGCUAUGAUCCUGUGGCUGAGUAUCUGUCCUUCAUUGACAAUGGAAAAUUUUCUCUCGAUGGUGUAAUCUCUGACUUCCCAAUGACUGCAUCAGCAACUAUCGAUUGCUAUGCCCACAUGAGCAAAAACGAUUCUGUCAAAGCAAAUGUUUUGGUUAUCUCAAACGAGGGAGCGAGUGGAGACUAUCCUGGUUGUACUGAUAAGGCAUAUGAAAAGGCUGUAUCAGAUGGUGCGGAUAUACUUGAUUGCCCUGUUCAAAUAACCAAUGACGGAAUACCUUUUUGCUUGGGAUCCAUCAACCUCAGGGAUAGAACAACUGUUUCUCAAUCCGACUUCAUCAACAGGGCAACAGAUAAUCCAGAACUUCGCAUAGAAAAAGGAAUUUACGCCUAUAAUCUCACAUGGAGCGAAAUUAAGACCUUACAACCUGCUAUUUACAACCCAUAUACGAAAUAUACAUUGUUCCGGAAUCCAAAAUUCAAAAAUGCUGGGAACUUCAUGCAGUUAUCUGACUUUUUGACGGUUGCAAAUACAUCUGCAGUCAGUGGUGUCAUAAUCAGCAUUGAGAACGCUGCGUAUCUGGCUGCAAGCCAAGGUUUAGGUGUGACCGACGUGGUCUUGGAUACACUAAGCAAAGCCGGGAUCAAUAAAAAGGUUAUGAUAAGAUCCAGUGACAGUGCCGUACUGUCAAAGUUUAAGAGCAGCAGUAACUAUGAGCUUGUUUACCUGGUUGACGACGAUGUCGGUGAUAUCUUGAACUCGACCAUUUCAGAGAUAAAGAAAUUCGCUAGCUCUGUGGUCCUCUCCAAAGAAUCUGUCUAUCCCACUGACAUGCUCUUCACCACCCACGUCACAACCGUAGUUCAAAAACUUCAAGCCUUCAAUCUUUCAGUUUAUGUGCAUCUUUUCCAAAAUGAGUACGUGUCUCAGCCAUGGGACUUCUUCUCUGAUCCAUAUACGGAGAUUAACUCUCACGUCAGUAGCUAUUUAAUCAACGGUGUCAUAACCGACUUCCCUGCAACUGCUGCAAAAUACAAAAGAAACCGGUGUUUAGGGUAUGAAGAUGCCCCGCCAUACAUGUUACCAGCCCCGGCUGGCGGCCUUCUUUCAAUUAUGGAGAAGCGAAGUCAGCCUCCGGCAGAGGCUCCGAAUCCCACUCUUACGGAUGAGAGUGUGAUCGAGCCUCCUCUGCCCCCAGUCAGGGCACCGACUAAUGGCAGUGGCACGACAGCACCGGGCCCUGUUGCACCAAACGGGCAGCCUACGCUGGUGGGAAGCGCCAUCCUCAGUGGCAUUUCUGUUUUUCUGGCAGCUCUUGUGUUAUGCUGAUGUUGAUAGCUAAAUAUGUUGGCCACCAUUUUGUGAUGUUUAUAUAUUCUUGGUUGUUUUUAUGACUUACAUACAUUUUGAGCUUGAGGAAUUGCCUUCUUGUAGGUAUUUUCAUUUUUUUUUUCGA